CAUCGGUCUCGUCUCGUCGCCAGUGUUUUGUGCAGGGGGCUUGGGAAAGCCAGAGAGGCUGUGCCAGGCUGGAGAAGAUUUGUCUUUCCAAGGCUGGAGAGGAUUUCACGCGGGUUUGCCUGCAGCUGCCCGGGAAGAAAUUCCCCUCUGGUGGCAGCAGCCGCCGCCGCCGCAGCAGCAGCAGCAACAGCAACAGCAGCAGCAGCGGUGGCAGUGGCGGUGGCGACGGCGGCAGCCCUACCUCCUCUUCUGGGGAACAGGGCAGAAUGCCUGUACUAGAGCGGUACUUCCACUCGGCAGAACUAGGCAGGAGGUGGACGGCCCCAGAAGGUGUGCUGCCCUCCGCCCUAGGCAGCAGGCCGGGGUGCCAGCAGGGGCCGCUACCCUGGGACUUGCCAGAGAUGAUCAGGAUGGUAAAGCUGGUUUGGAAGUCCAAAAGUGAGCUGCAGGCAACCAAGCCGAGAGGCAUUCUGGAAAAUGAAGAUGCUUUCCACAGCUUCCCAGGAGAUGUACGACUAAGGGGUCAGACCGGGGUUCCUGCCGAACGCCGCGGCUCCUACCCAUUCAUUGACUUCCGUCUACUCAACAAUUCAACACACUCAGGAGAAAUUGGCACCAAGAAAAAGGUGAAAAGACUGUUAAGUUUCCAAAGAUACUUCCAUGCAUCUAGGCUUCUCCGUGGGAUUAUACCGCAGGCCCCCCUCCAUCUGCUGGAUGAAGACUAUCUUGGACAAGCAAGGCAUAUGCUCUCCAAAGUUGGAAUGUGGGACUUUGACAUCUUCUUGUUCGAUCGCUUGACAAAUGGGAACAGUCUGGUGACACUCCUGUGUCACCUCUUCAAUACCCAUGGCCUCAUCCACCAUUUCAAGCUGGACAUGGUGACCUUACACAGGUUUUUGGUCAUGGUUCAGGAAGAUUACCAUGGUCACAACCCAUACCAUAAUGCUGUCCAUGCAGCUGAUGUCACCCAGGCCAUGCACUGUUACCUGAAGGAGCCAAAGUUGGCUAGCUUCCUCACACCUCUGGAUAUCAUGCUUGGACUACUGGCUGCAGCAGCUCAUGACGUGGACCACCCAGGGGUGAACCAGCCAUUUUUGAUCAAAACCAACCACCACCUUGCCAACUUGUAUCAGAAUAUGUCUGUCCUGGAGAAUCACCACUGGCGAUCUACAAUUGGCAUGCUUCGGGAAUCAAGGCUCCUUGCUCACUUGCCAAAGGAAAUGACACAGGAUAUUGAACAGCAGCUGGGCUCCCUGAUCUUGGCCACAGACAUCAACAGACAGAAUGAGUUCCUCACCCGCUUGAAAGCUCACCUCCAUAAUAAAGACUUGAGACUGGAGAGUGUACAGGACAGACACUUUAUGCUUCAGAUCGCCCUGAAGUGUGCUGACAUUUGCAACCCUUGUCGAAUCUGGGAGACCAGCAAGCAGUGGAGUGAACGGGUCUGUGAAGAAUUCUACAGGCAAGGUGACCUUGAACAGAAAUUUGAACUGGAAAUCAGUCCUCUUUGCAAUCAACAGAAAGAUUCAAUCCCUAGUAUACAAAUAGGUUUCAUGACUUACAUCGUGGAGCCGCUCUUCCGGGAGUGGGCCCGGUUCACCGGGAACAGCACCCUGUCGGAGAACAUGCUAAGCCAUCUCGCACACAACAAAGCCCAGUGGACGAGCCUGCUGUCCAAGCAGCACAGACGCAGGGACAGCGGCCAGGACCCUGCGGCCACCACCUCGGAGACCCUGGAGCAGGCGGAAGGCGCCACGCCCUGAGACAGCCGGGUCUGCAGGAGCACGGCCAUCCGAUGGCCCUCGCCACAAACCCACCACUCUGGGCUUCGAAUGCCACCCGCCUGCCACUUACCGCCUCCCUUCCUUGAUCCAAGUGUACAGAAGCCAUUGCCGCCUCAGCAUGAGCUGCCGAAAUGAGCAGCUUCGGCUUCGGCUUCGUCCUGUCUGUCCCUCGAGCUGAUUCUGGGGCAGCUGCCCCAACCGAAAAGACCAGGAGUAAGAAAGAGGUGCUCCUGCCAUGUCCCCCUCUGGCCCUUCCUUGGUCACGCUGACUGGCAGCGGCUCCUAAGUCCGGAGCAUUUUUAGGGUUCGCCAUCUGACUGCUGACCCGUGCGACAACACCAGCAUACUUGGAAACUGCAAGACUGGUCUUCAGAGCCAGAGCACAAACGAGAGUGUGAGAGAAAGUACCUUCUAUUUUAAUAAUAAUUAUUAUUAUAAGAUAAUAAUGAAUCUUUUUAACUUUUAUAUUUCAUGCACCAGACAAGGGGUCUAAAACUCUGGACUAAGAUUACUCAGUGUACCCAAACCUGAAGAGGGGGUUCAUUGUUUUGCUAUCGGCUCUAUACCACUUUCAGUCAGAGAUCUGGCAUCCUUGUGAUUUCCGAAACCACGUUUCCCCUCCCAUCUGGCGGAAGGUGCUGUACAGUUCACUCCUUUGCACCGCUAGCCCUUCUGGCUUUUACGGAUUCAGUGACCUGUUUAUAUUCACACGUGUACAUUUUCUGUAAAUACCAAACGCUACUGAUUCCCAUGCCAAAAUACACGAGUAUUAUGGGAUUGCUACCUGUAUAAACAAUGGCACUGUGAACAGAAUACUGUUAGUUUUAAUACAAGAGAAUGCGUUUGUAAAUAUGGUAUAGAGUUUAUUAAUAUACUGUUGUUCGCAGAUAAAGGCCUUAACUGUAAACAUCUUUCCUCUUCCCAAAGCUGCCCAACCUAAAUCUUUGCAGAUGUCUUUCUGAACUGCCUGCCCCCAAGGACCACCAUCUCUCCACUUUCCUGCUAAGGUCACAAGCCAAAACUGAGUAUCAUCUUGGAGGGAACUGUUUUUUUUUUAUUUUUUGGAAACUUCUCGUGCAUUCCUCUUGAGACCAUAGUUUUCAGUCUAUGGCACCAAGUAUGGUUUCCUCAGAAUAAAGACACCCUUUCAGCAAGACGGAAGUCCCUUUUCAGGGCAGCCACAUUGCACGCUGUUUUAACAAGCCAGCCGAUAAGCUUGUGUUUGUGACUCCUGUUAUGGAACACGGGGUGCAUCGACCUCACAAGAGACAUAGCAGGUCUCAAAAGCCUUCUAUGGCCCUGACAUCUAACCAUCAGGGAACUCCCUGCUCCUAAAGCCACACAUCUGUCUGUUAUGACUACAAUACCAAAGUCCCUUUGGUCCGUGGUUGGUUGGUGUGCAUUUCUUUGGUGUUGAUAGUAACUGGUUAUUUCUUUUUUUUUCUAUAGCUUCAUGUGAACAACUGCCCAACUAUUUAGUUGAAUUUAACAUUAUUUAAGGAAAGAAACUAUUUCAGUUUUGUAAGAGACUUUCCCUUCCUAGCAAGUCUUUGUGGUUCUGUAGGCUGGAACCAGUAGUCAGCUUGGAAUUCUUCUGCUGCUCUCCUGCGGACAGUUGGCUGUAAAAUCUAGUGUGUUUUGGCACUCUUACUCAGCCUAACUCUGCGCGUUGGGCCUUUUCUUUAUAAGUCCUAGCAUAACUAAUGUUAGAUGAAAACUGCCAGUAACCUUUCUCUUUACCUUUAUGUACAGGGGGAGAGGGAACCUUUCUGCCAUCAUCAAGCCGCUUCUCAAGCUGAUGGAGGCAGCUUGCUCUCACUUCCUAAGUACAGCUCAUGUGGGUCUUUUUGUUUCUCCUAAUAAUACAAGUGAAAGGUUAAAAGCUUGACUGGCCUGGAAUAUGUUCUUAUGGAGAGAUUGGGGCUUGCAGACUUAAGGUUUUGGAGGGAAUUGGAAAGUUGAUUAAAUUUUCAUUAAAGUAGGCAAGGUUGUAAGGGGAGGGGGUGCUGAAGAAAGAGUGAAGAACUUAUGAAAUGGGUGGAUGAUACGUUGAAAUUAUUGAUAUGGGUAAGAAGGGAAGUUGUGGAAAAUUUACACUAACUUUUGUUUUCUGUAGCAGCUAUGAGCUGAUGUGUUUCCUUAUUGCUAUGAAAUUCUGAAGCUCUGAGUAUAAGCAAGGCCUCAAGCAAGAUGGAUGGGUACAGCAGUUAGACUCCUACUCCAAACCCUCUCUUCUUUUGGACUGUAGUAGUCUGGUUUUAUGCAUAGGAGGUCAAAUUAAGGAAAUUGAUUGCUCAGGAUGACAAAAUAGAAAUAGUACAGAAAACACUGUUUCUAGCCAAUGAAAUCUCUACCUAGAGUUGAGGAAAUAGAGUUUGCUUAAGUUAUAAUUAUAUUGUGAUUUAAUUGGGGUGGGACAUUCUUAGUAAUUUUAGGUUUAUAGGGGAAAGGUUUUCACAUUGUAAUUGAGUCUUAAAGAGGAGUUAACGAAUAAAACUACCAACUAUUCAAUGGUUAAGAUGCAGCAUAAUGAAAAUCAGAAGUAAAACGGGGCAUGAUGCAUAAAUUAGAUAUACCUUCCUUUUUCUGCUGUCUAGAAACUUCUUGAGCUCCACAUUUGUUGGCAAAAAAAAAAAAAAAAAAAAAAAAUGUGAAAACUGUUCUUUUUUGCCUGCUAAUGGCUCUCUUGGAAUAACUUAAUACAAGUCGUUCAAUUAGUAGUGGAGACAUGGCUGUUGGUCCAUGUUUCCCUAUAGCUUUGAAGACUUAAUCUGCCAGCCCAUCUAGCUCACGUGUAAUUCCUUCGCUGCUUGGAAAGGAAGAACUCAAAGAACUAGGUUUUAGUAUGCCAAAGUCAAGAUUUCAGAGAGAGAGAGAGAGAGAGAGAGAGAGAGAGAAAGAGAGAGAGAGAGAGGACAUGAUACGUCACUGUUAGGAGUGAUAAUCAGAGCCUGCUUUUCUUUGUGGUCAUUCAAUAAACAGACCUGAUUCGUGAAACCCUGCCAACCCAUAGUUCCCUGUUAGGUUAAGUAAAAACUAGCUAUUUGUCCCUCUCACUGCUUCUGGCUUCUCACAAAGGGCCUUGGAGCACAUCUGCAACCCUGUCUUCAGAUGGUCCUUCCUAGAAAACACAGUUCUGUGACCUUUUAUGUUGAAUCCAAUCUGCUCACUCACUUCGAUUUGGUUAUGAGCUUGUAUCUCACUGUGUUCCUCAUGCUUCGGUCUUUUAAGAGCCCAUUAAAUUGUGUCAUCUUGUGUACACACGUAAAGUGUGAAGAAAAAAAAAACUUGUGCGUUUUGCUCAAAAUGUGACCUAAAAUAUUCAUUGGCAUGUCUAUCCAGAUGAACACUUAAAAAUAAAGAUAAUUUCUUUAAAAUA